AUGGGCGACGGCAUAGGCCGAGCACUGGCCGGCGAAGCUGGGUACCAGCGCCUGAUCCGCCUGGUAGGCCGCGCCUUCUAUGCGGGGGAGUGUCCCCCCCCCGUCGCCAUCGACCCAGACGCCCUCCUGCCCCCCACCGUGUCCCGCUUCAGCAAGUUCUCCUUCGCGGGGCUGGGGGUGCUGCUGCUGGACUACCUGGCCACGCGCGCGGACGGGUACUGCGACGAGGUCACGGUGUGCGAGGACACGCGUCUGUCCCAGAAGCAGGUCCGCCGCGCCCUCAAGUACCUGGAGGAUGCGGGCCUGGUGCGCUGCGACGUGGUCAAGUACAGCCUGGCCAGGGACAAGGAGCCGUCCGACGACCCGGAGGUCGCCGCGCGGCGGCGCGUGGAGACCCACGCCUUCUGGGCGGUGGACUACCCGCGCGUGAAGGAUGCGCUGCGCCUGCGCCUAGCCCUCAUGCGCGAGGCACUGCGCAAGCAGGGCACGUUCUUGUGCGAGGAGUGUGGCGCCGAGCUGGAGCAGCGGGCGGCCGGCGACUCUCAGGCCGGCGGCCCUGGGGGAUCUGCAGCCGGGAACAAAGCGCGGCAGGCGGCGGCCAAGGCGCUGCAGGCGGCGUUUGAGCGGCAGCUGGCCCCGCUCAUAGAGCAGCUGGAGAGGAUAAAGGACGCGGACCCCCCGGACCCCGGCAGUCUGCAGGUGAAGAUCGGCCAGGGCAGCAGCGCCACCGGGCCGGGCCAGGCGCUCCUCCCAGGCAAGGAGCUGCCGGCAUGGUUCCGCAGGCCCGAGCAGGAGGGCGCCGGCGCCGACGCCGCCACGGCGUCGGCCGCUGCGGAGGACGAGGCGCGCAGGCGCCAGAUCGAGGCGGCCUACGUCGCUCAGUACAUGGAGUCUGUCAGGCUGGCCGGGCUGGCGGGGCGGGGCGGACAUGCAAAGCGGGUGAAGCUGGAAGAUGUGAAAGGCGAAGCGGUGGCAAAGGCAGAAGCGGAGGCCAACGAUGCGGAGGAGGCUGCCGCUGCAGUGCAGGCCGACUUUGACUGGGAGGACAUGUGA